GUGCAGACAUUCCAUGGAGACCUGCUCCAGCACAUGGAGAAGAACACCAAGCUGGACAUGCAGUUCAUCAAAGAUAGCUGCCAGCACUAUGAAAUUGAGUAUCGGCACCGAGCGGUCAACCUGGAGAAGUGCAUGUCUGAGCUCUGGCGCAUGGAACGCAAGAGGGACAAGAAUGCAAGGGAGAUGAAGGAGAGCGUGAACCGGCUGCACGCACAGAUGCAGGCUUUUGUGUCGGAGAGCAAGCGCGCAGCCGAGCUGGAAGAGAAGCGUCGCUACCGCUUCCUGGCUGAGAAGCACCUGCUGCUCUCUAACACCUUCCUGCAGUUCUUGGGCCGGCCACCUUACAGGAGUGGCUGGUUCCCUGAGGCCUAUGUGAAACCUUUGGAGGAGAUGCCAGUGAACCCCAUGAACCCCGUGACUCCCAUGAACUCUAUGGCCUCCAUGAGCCCAAUGAAUGAACUGCCUUCCAGGUCCUACCCCCUCCGGGGCAGCCACAGCCUUGAUGACCUCUUGGACAGGCCAGGCAACCCUGCAGCCUCAUCAGACUACUGGGAUAGCCAGUCUCGCUCCCGGAACCCCAGCGGUGUCCCCAGCCGUGCCCCCAGCCCCGUACCCACACCCUUGCCCAGCAGCAGGCGAAGCAGUGUGGGCAGCAUGGGGGCAGCCACCGAUGUCAAGAAACUUAUGUCCUGGGAACAGCAACCCCCAGAGCUCUUUCCACGGGGUACAAAUCCCUUUGCCACUGUGAAGCUGCGUCCCACUGUCACCAAUGACCGCUCAGCACCCCUCAUCCGCUGAGGCGACGUCCUGCACCGGGGCCUGAGGUGGCCCAGCACACUUGCCCAAGGCUCUUCCAGCAAACAGCAGCAGCCGUGGAUCCAAGAUGCCAGGGGACCAUCCUUACCCCUCUGCCUGAAGCCCAGGAGCUCCCUGAGGGCUGGGCCUGCAACACAGAGCAGGGAGAAGGGGAUGGGGUCACAGAGCAGCUUGUUGCUCUCAGGGACCCCAAGACUCCCCAGGAUCCAGCCUCUUGCCUCCCAGCUUCUUCCCGCCUGUGCCCCAAAGGCAAAUGCCUCCUCCUCCACCCCUGUCCCAUAUAUGUCCCUGUUUAGCUUUUGUAAAUGGUAAAAAAUAAAGAAAGUGGGCACAGUG